CACCCUAAUUCAGCAUGGUCUCAUCGCCAGACCCUUAAUGACACCCGCAAGGGUCUUUUUUCCAUACAGAUUCCCAUUCACAGGCACAAGGCAAUUCACAGAGUUAGGACUCAGACCUACCCUUUCGGGGACCACCAUGCAGCCCACCACACAACCUACACCCCAAAAUAAGUUAAGACGUCUCCCAACCCCGUCCUCUGCCUUAUCCAGAGGAGAGAGAUGGGCCUCAUGGGACUAGCACGCUGGGCCCCACCGCAGACCUGGCCCCGGGGGCUCCCUGGCCCUGGCUGGGCCCUGUCCUGUUUCCGCUUCCCUUUGGUGGGAACACGAGUCCGUGCGUCCCUGCUAAAGCCAUCACCUCCGUCUGCCUCUGAGCCAGCCAGGCUAGGGCUCUCACCCAGAAGAAUUAUUUUCCGGAGAAACUGUUUGCCUCUGUUUUUAAGCUCGUGUCCUUGGGACACGUGACCAUCUCCCCAGAGCUCUCCGGCUGGCGGACAGAUGCUUUGCACGAAGGUGGUGGAGGGAGGAAGCUCGCUCCCGUGGCACUCGAGCAGGGCUGUGGGUGGUGAAGGAGCACACAGCAGACGACCUCGUCCUGUGCGCGUCCUCGGGAUGGGUGGCCCGCGGACGACCCUGUCUGUCUUCCUUAUUUUUGUGUCUGGGUAUCUGCACGGGGUUCUGUCUCAGGAAGCCGGCCCUGCAGCGCAAAGAAAACCAUUUUUCGAGAGGCUCCGCAGGCUAGAAGAGCAGUUUCGGAGGCUCCAAGAGGUGACCCUCACACACCUGCGGGGCCUUGCCAGCAACUACAACCUGUCCUACGACAUUGACACUCGGUUCCAGAGCCUGGCCCUGGAGACCCAGGCCGUGGCCUUGGCCGUGAACCGGUCACAGGCCGCCGUGCAGGGUGACCUGAGCCGCCUCAAGACCUGGAUGCAGAAGUCACAGCGCAGGAGCCGGAAGCUGGACUCCAGGCUGCUGGCCUUGGACUCCGCCCUGAGUGACAGGGACAGGCAGCUGGCCCAGGCGGGGAAGGAGCGGGAGGCACAGGGGGAUGGCCUCGCCAGCCUGGGCCUGGCUCUGCGGGCCCUGCAGGACACGGUGGCCGGCCUCACGCACCUGGUGCAGAGCCAGGGCGCCAGGCUGGCUGCUCUCGAGGGACGGCUGCAGGUGGCCGGUCCUGGCGCCGUGGCCCCGGGGCCGACUCCGGCCCUGCCCCCGCCCCUGCCCCCUCCGCUGCCCCUGCCCCAGCUGGGGCUGCCAAGCCCAGGCUCCCCGAAGCUGCAGAGGGGCGGGCAGGCGCUCAGAGCUCCGCCUGAGCCCGGGGACCCACCUCAGGACUUCACCGGCCGUCUCCAGGGGACGCGGGAGCCACCAGGUCCAGGCAGCCGGCGGACCCGGCCACCCGAGAGACCAGGAGAGACCUGCAACGUGGGCCCCGUGCUCGUCUUCCCCAACGCCUCCACCCAGAACGUCGCCUUCCUGAGCCCCGGCUUCCCCGCAGGCCUGCGGGCCCUGUCUGUCUGCAGCUGGGUCCGCGUGGCCUCGGGCCACCUGGGCACCCUGCUCUCCUACGCCACCGAGGAGAAUGACAACAAGCUCGUGCUGCACGGCAGGGACUCCCUGGUCCCUGGCUCUGUCCACUUCGUGAUCGGAGACCCGGCCUUCAGGGAGCUGCCCCUGCAGCCACUGCUGGACGGCCAGUGGCACCACGUGUGUGUCAUCUGGACGUCCACGCUGGGCAGGUACUGGCUCCACGUAGACCGCAGGCUAGUGGCCACCGGCUCCCGCUUCAGGGAGGGCUACGAGAUCCCUCCAGGGGGGUCCCUUGUGCUGGGCCAGGAGCAAGACAGCGUGGGGGGUGGGUUUGACAGCUCCGAGGCCUUCGUGGGGAGCGUGGCGGGCCUGGCCAUAUGGGACCGGGCGCUGGUCCCCGGGGAGGUGGCAAGCCUCGCCACAGGGAGGGGGCUCCCUCCGGGCGCUAUCCUCACGCUGGACGACGCCCACCGGGUGGGCGGAUUCGUGCAGAGGGUGAACUGCAGCUGCCUGGCGCUCUGUCCCUGAGGCUUUGUUCU